AUGCCAGCCGCCUUAGCACCUUUCUCCGUUACCUCACCGGUCACCCCCUCCGCCCUCGACCGGGCCCUCUCGCCGACUGUCUGGCUUCGGCUCGUCGGAUCCUGCCCUCACCAGCUCACCCUCUCCUUGCUCAACACAGUCGACACCCCCUUAUUCCUCUCCCCCAUCGACAUUCAACAACAGACCCCAAACCCCUUCCCUUCCUCGCGCAGACCAAUCACCGACCAACAAAGCCCUUGUGCACUCUACUGGCCUUGUAUCACCGGUCUCCAGUCGACCACAUCAGCAUCACCCCACCUCUGA